UCUGAAUGAUUUAAAAGGCUCUCGCCUCCCACCGCCUCCUGGUGAUGCGCGAGAUGCUACUGCUGCUGAAGAGAGAGAAGGAGAAGAGAGAGAGGGAAGAGACAGACAGAGGAGAGAGAGGCAGAGAGAGCGCGUAAGGGAGAGCGAGAGAGGAGAGAGAGAGACUGCAACAGCAGCCGACAUGGAGCUCGAGCCUUUCCGCGGGACGGCGAGCAUCCUCUAAUCUGCCAGGGUCACGGUAGAAUACAUUGACACCUGAGACAACAGAGAACACUUCUUUAUCACCAUGAAGCACUGCUGACACCCCCCUCACCUGACUACCAGAGAGAAGACACUUUCUUCCUCCCAUCCUCUCUCCCACUCAGCCCAUCUUCACAAGGAUAAAGGUUAUUUACGAGAGUGGGAAAGUAUGUCAGGUCUGCGUGGUAAGCUGCAGCGUGUCCAGUGGCGGGCAGGAUGGCACUCCUUCACCUCCAGAGUCCUCAGGACCAAACCAGUAGAGAGCAUGUUGGACUCUGGGACAGGUGGGACCAGCAGCCAUGGCACCAAGCUAGCGAGGGUGUUGUCCACGGUAGACCUGGUGUCACUAGGGGUGGGAAGCUGCGUUGGCACGGGGAUGUACGUGGUCUCUGGGCUGGUUGCUAAGGAGAUGGCCGGACCUGGAGUCAUCGUCUCCUUCAUCAUCGCUGCUGUCGCCUCUAUACUGUCAGGAGUGUGUUAUGCUGAAUUUGGGGUUCGCGUUCCCAAGACAACAGGCUCAGCCUACACUUACAGCUACGUGACAGUGGGGGAGUGUGUGGCCUUUUUCAUUGGCUGGAACCUGAUCCUGGAGUACCUGAUUGGUACAGCCGCGGGGGCGUCGGCUCUCAGCAGCAUGGCAGACUCACUAGCCAAUAAAAGCAUCUCUACGUUUAUGACUACACACAUCGGAACACUCAACGGCCUGGGUAAAGGAGAGCAGUCGUACCCAGACCUCCUGGCCCUGCUGAUAGCAGUAAUAGUGACAGUGAUCGUGGCCCUGGGGGUGAAGAACUCAGUAGGGUUUAAUAAUGUGUUGAAUGUGAUCAACCUGAUGGUGUGGGUCUUCAUGAUGGUGGCCGGACUCUUCUUCGUCAACGGACACAACUGGGACGAUGGAAGGUUCUUACCCUUCGGGUGGUCAGGGGUGAUGCAGGGAGCGGCAACAUGUUUCUAUGCCUUCAUAGGGUUUGACAUCAUCGCUACAACAGGAGAGGAAGCCAAGAGCCCCAACACCUCUAUACCCUAUGCUAUUACUGUUUCCCUCAUCACCUGCCUUACUGCAUACGUCUCUGUAUCAGUGAUUCUGACUCUGAUGGUUCCCUAUACAGAGAUCGAUGCAGACGCUCCUCUGAUGGAGAUGUUUGCUGUACAUGGCUGUUAUUUUGCUAAGUACAUAGUAGCAGUAGGCUCUGUAGCUGGCCUGUCUGUCAGUCUCCUGGGCUCUCUGUUCCCCAUGCCACGAGUCAUCUACGCUAUGGCUGGAGACGGACUGCUGUUCAGGUUCCUGGCCCAUGUGUCUCCCUACACUGAGACUCCAGCAGUGGCAUGUGUUGUGUCUGGCUGUCUGGCUGCUCUCCUCUCUCUCCUCGUCUCCCUACGAGAUCUCAUAGAGAUGAUGUCCAUAGGAACACUACUGGCUUACACACUGGUUAGUGUGUGUGUGUUGUUGCUACGCUACCAGCCAGAAUCAGACAUCCACGGCUUUGUGAACUUCCUGUCUGAGGAGCAGUCCAAUAAGAAGAAGGAGGGCGUGUUAGCUGAGUGUGAGAAGGAAGUGUGCUCUCCAAUCAGUGAAGUAGAUGACUACGGAGGACCUCAAACUAACACCUGUGGAGCUAAGAAUCUCCCCUCGCUAGGCGACAACGAGAUGCUGAUUGGUAAACCAGAUAAAACCACUUACACUGCCAGCCACCCGAACUACGGCACCGUCGACAUGGGCUCCGGCAUCGAAUCAGAAGAGUCAGAGGGCGGGAUGUCGUGGAGGUUGAAGAAGCUGAUUGGUCCGCGGUACUACACAAUGAGGAUCCGAUUGGGCCUGCCUGGAAAGAUGGACCGGCCCACUCCGGCAACAGGAAAGACAGUUACUGUCUGUGUCCUCCUCCUCUUCCUCGUAGUCUUCAUCUUCAACUCCUUCAUCAUCUUCGGAGCGGCCAGCAUCGGUGAUGGCAGCUGGUGGGCUCUUCUCCUGCUGAUCUUCCUGGUCAUCUUCAUGGCCCUCCUCAUCGUCAUCAUCCUGCAGCAGCCAGAGAACCCGAAGCGACUGCCCUACAUGGCUCCGGCUGUUCCCUGGGUUCCUGCUGCUGCCAUGCUGGUCAACAGCUACCUGAUGUUAAAACUGUCUGCCAUCACCUGGAUACGCUUCGCUGUCUGGUGUUUCCUAGGUAUCCUGAUCUACUUUGGUUAUGGGAUGUGGAACAGUACUUUGGAGAUCAGGUCCAGGGAGCAGGAGGUCCAUGCGUCUACAUACCAGCGCUACGAUGGUCACCAUGCCGGGGUGGACGACGGCUUCUCAGGCUUCAGCGUUGACGACGACCUCUACCCCCCUAGCAACAACGACCCCUGGGCCGCACCACAUGGUGUCGACGGGUCAGGGCUGGUACCCCCCACGGCUGAUGAUGAUGAUUGGACGGUUCCGAAGGGAGGAGCUAAGAGAGCGCUGGCGGAGGAGGACCCAGUAGAUUUCUGAGAAGAAAGGAAUGAUGGACGGAUGGACGGAUGUUUCCGAGAGGAUUGAUAGAUGUUACUGUUGUUAACAACUGAAUGUACUGCCUACUGCCGGCUGCCUGCCUGCCGGGUGUGUGUGUGUAUGUGUGUCUGUGUGUGUGUGUGUGUCUGUGUGAAUGUUUGUGUGGGUCGCUUGUUACUUAUUUAAAAACAUAAUUUUUUCAUUGAAUUACAAAGGAAGUAUGAUCCUAUGGAGGAAAGCUGUAGACUACCAAUCAGAAACAGUGGGCGGAGUCUUUGGGUUGAUUUGGUGAUGGGCAUACAGUGAAGGUAUUUUCCUCUCACUAUAGACAGUCCAGAGUGAUGACAGACUGGGAGCGACGAGUCAGCAUUUCCUGGUUCGCCACACUCACAGGAAGUUGUCAGAGCGCUGAUCCGAGGUCAUUUCCUGUCACUGGUGCAGGUGUCUCUGCUGCUUCUCUCAUCUCACAGAGAGGAAACUAGCUACACACACACACACAGACACACUUAGACACACACCCGCCUCUCCAGUCUCUAUCUGGGAAGGAGGGGGGCUGAUGGGGUUUUGUUUCACAUUGUAAUUGGACUGCUUGCAAUAGUGCCUUCAUCUGUGUGUGCAUGCGUGUGUGUGUUAUUCUUUUGGGUGUGUGUGUGCAUGCGUGCGUGCGUGUGUACGCUUUUACACCUUGUAUCUAUGUCCCCUUCAGGGUCUUACCAGUGGAGUGUGUUUGUGACUUAUUUUGCUCCAUCCCACUCUCUAUGAAUCCCCCCCCAUCCCACUCCCCCACAAGCCCCUGUUGCUGCGUUACUAGAGCUCAGAAUGGAAAGGUUCUAAAUGACAGAUUUGUUCUAAACAGAGUUAUGGACGCCACCCUGCUCUGCUCUGCCUACAGGCUAAAGCUCGAAAUGAAUGUUACUAUAUUAGAAAGAAGACGAGAUGAGAAUUGCUCUCACAUCAGACAAAUAUCUCUGAGUGUUUAGUCACAUAGAACCCUCUCAUUCUAUGGUCUCCGCCCCCUUGGGGAAGCCUUACUUGUCAAAUGCACUAAACUAAAGAUGCCACGCGACCCCUCCUACUCUCCACGACCCCUAACUGCUGACCUCUAUCCCUAACCACACUACCCAGGGUUCUCUCUGCUCUUCAGGGGUGGCUCGCUUGUGUUGUCCAGUGAAACACACACACACACAAACACACACACACGCACUCACGCACGCACGCACGCACGCACACACACACACACACACACACACACACACACACACACACACACACACACACACACACACACACACACACACACACACACACACACACACACACACACACACACACACACACAGUUCAGCUGAACCCAAAACCAGAAAGGGGCUUCAGUAGGUACUCUGUGCUCCAUAGUUGUACUGUAAAUAUUAUGUCUCUGUGUGUGUGAGCGUGUGCACGCGCGUAUGUGUGUGUGUGUGUGUGCGUGCGUGUGUGUGUGUGUUCCAUACCUGUGGCUAUGUAACGUGGCUGGCUGGUGAAUGUGAUAGCAUGCUAAUGUGUAUAGCAUGGAUGUAGAUGUUGUAUUUGCAUGUGGUGACCGACGGCUAAGAGACAUUAUAGAACUAACACCCUACUCCAAGCUGACCCCUGACCCCUGAUAAGGGAAACUAUAGGGUGAAGGGGACUGGUCGAUCUGGAACUGGGGUAUGAUAUGUAGCAAAUUUAGUAGGUGGUGGUUCUUUGGUUUCAUCUCCACCCCUCACAACCACUAACUCCACCCCUCACAACCACUAACUCCACCCCUCACAACCACUAACUCCACCCCCUGUGUUUACAAAGCAAGCCAAAGUCCACAACAAAACAACCAUGAGAAUCCAGUAGACCAUAGACCUUUACAAUAGAUUGAAGUCACUCACUGUAUAUUCGAGGGUACACCGUAACCCUGUACGUUCUGCUUAUAUAUCACUACAACAGGGUUUGUUUAGGUCAAACUGAAUUAUGAAUGUCAACUAUUCAUUAAGGAUCCACCUGGAACCAAAUAUAAAAAGACCCAAAUAAUGCCAUUUUUCUAUUGAUGCAGUGAAUUAAGGGUUAACUACAUAUUUAAUCAUGUUUAGAAGACAUUUUUAAGCAGAAUUCAAGUUUUAACUGAAACCACUUGGUAGAGUAAAUACAUACAGUUACAUUCACUAGCUAGAGUAAAUACAUACAGUUACAUUCACUAGCUAGAGUAAAUACAUACAGUUACAUUCACUAGCUAGAGUAAAUACAUACAGUUACA